AUGCUUCCUGUCACCUACGUGAUCUGCUAUGCCAGGCCACCUUCUGCUGUCAAAGCUUUCCACAAGAUGGAUGUGCUCAUCAGGCUGGGUGGGGCCAUCACACUGCCCUGCUCCCUGUUCCCUGGCAUGAAUGCGGAGAACAUGGAGCUGCGGUGGUUCCGGUCCAUCUUCCCAGAAGCAGUGUUCAUUUAUCAGAAUCAGCGGGAGCAGAAGGAGAAGCAGAUGCCACAGUACAAAGGGCAGACCUCGCUGGUGAGAGACUUCCUCACUCAGGGGGAGGCUGCUGUACGCAUCAACAAGGUUCGGGUUUCUGACAAUGGGAUGUACACGUGCUUCUUCAAGAAUGGAGAUAACUACGAAGAGGCCUCUUUGGAAGUGAAGGUGGCAGGUAUGGGAUCUGACCCUCAAGUGCACAUUGAAGGGCCAGAGGAAGAUGGAAUCCACGUGGUGUGCACAGCCUCUGGGUGGUUUCCGAAGCCCCAGGUUCAGUGGAGAGACCCGAGCAGAAAGAAGUUCCUGGCUUUCUCUGAGGCCCAUGCUCAAGAUGCUGAGGGACUGUUCAGUGUGGAGGCCUCGCUGGUGGUGAGAGACAGCUCUGUAAGGAACGUGACCUGCUCCAUCUUUAACCCCAUCCUGGGUCAGGAGAAGGUGAAGGCGAUUUUCAUUCCAGAGCCCUUUUUCCCUCAGGCUUUUUCUCCUUGGAUGCCAGUUUUUGCAGUGAGCCUGACCCUGCUGAUGCUCCUCAGCUUAGGGGCUGGCUAUUUUCUCAAGAAAGAACAUUCAGCAAAGUUACAAGAGCAGAAGAAUUGCAAACAUUUUCAGAACAGUAAGGAGAUAAUAGAGACGACUUUGGAGUUGGUCAAGAAGGAGGCAGAAGAACUCCAGAGAGAGCUGGACUGGAGAAAGGCCCAGCUGUAUGCAGUGACAAUGGAGAGCUUAGUUGUCAGGAAGGAGCAGUCAGGUGAUGACUGUGUAGAUCCAGCAUGGCAGGUCUUCAGAUUUCGAAAAGGAGACCAGUCAUAUUAG